CUGUACACUGGCACCGGUCAGACGGGUUUUGCAUGCAGUGGCGGUGACGCUAAUUUGUUUGUAGUUCCCGUCUGAAUGAAUGGACAGUAAGGUUGUGUUUCGUGAUUCUUGGAAAAUGGAUUUCUUUGGAUAUCUUUACAUUGUUAUCAGUUUUGAUUUAGUUCCUUAACAUGUUUAACUGUGUAAUAUGCGUUCCUUUUAUUUUUAUUUUUACAAACCACGUGUUCUCGGUUUCUGCAGUUGAGCGAUGGUUACCGAAAUGUUGCCCUCAGGGAAGUCAACUCUCUGGGGACGUGACGUCCUGCGUGUCCAGUGGCACCGAAGUGUCAGAUACAAUCGUGUCCGCCACAACUGAUAACAGGAUUCUGGAGUACAGGCUAGAGCACAAAACUCAGUUUAGCUGUGUGAAGCACGAGCCGUUCUUGGUUCAGGACGACACUUUCGUGAUUGCCGGCAAUAAUGUGGUGAUAUACAGUGAAGCGGGAGAGAACUGGACGCUACCCAUGACGGAGAUGUGUGUGGACAGUCUGUACAUACCGCCCUCGCAAGAACAACAGCCGAUGUUCGUGGCCCUGCUGUGUCCAGCUUGUAGUGAUCUUACAUGCCUCAACAAGUGCUGCCUCGAGAACCAUCAGAUCAGGAUCUCCGAGGAUGGAAACGUUAUUUCUUGCGUCAACGCCACCGAGCCUUUCGAGAGCCAAAGGUUUCUGGGAAGCAACUCAAAACACCCUCUGGUGAUCCAUGGGUUUCCGACCUGCAAUCUCUUGCCGUAUAAGAAGUACAUCUCAGGACCGGCGUACAUCUCCAGCUUCAGCCGUCUGGAACUACCCAGCAUGGGCAUGACCGUGCCUAGGACUGAAUACUGCGUGGACUCCUCAGCUAGAGGCCCAGUACUAGUGGCCUGCACUCAGCCUGUAGCCGCCACACUCAAGCCUACACUCUACGGCGGCUUCUUCUGUGUGGGAGCGGUGUUCCUGGGCCUCACCCUCGCCCUGCACCUCUGGCUGCCCGAGCUGCGCAAGACCCUCCACUCUCGUGUCCUCAUCGCUCAUGUCAGCUGUCUGCUGGUCGGGUAUCUCUGCAUGGCCACCGUUAAUCUUGCCUCCAUACCCGCGCCUUCCACCCUCUGCUCCUCUGCAGCAUUCACAAUUCAAUUUUCAAUUCUGGCUGCUGUGUUCUGGUUGAACGUCAUGUGUGUUGACAUUGCUUGGACAUUCAGUGGUCUGAGGGCACCCAAAGCUUCGUUGACUCUUGACAGCGACGGCCACAAGUUCCUCUACUACUCUUUGUACGCGUGGGGCAGCACCUCCGCCAUCUCCGCUGUCACAGCUUUCCUGGAGUUCAGUCCGGCAGUCCCAUCCUCCUCCCGGUUCAAACCUUCCUUCGGCGCUGUCGCUUGCUGGUUCCAGUAUUCUGAAGCCAUCCUGCUCCUCAUGUAUGGUCCAAUGUUUGUGCUCUUGCUGUCCAACAUUGCGCUGUUUGUGUACACUGCUUGCAAAAUACGUCGCACUCAGCAGGACACAGCCAACAUGGUACAACAUGCGGGCUCUAGGCUGCGUGACAACAAGGACAGGAGUUUUGAUGAGGAAACUAUCUUCAGUGGAGUAUCCACAAGUCGGGAUAAAAGAUUCUCUCUGUACCUGAAGCUGUUCGGGUUGAUGGGGGUGACCUGGGUGCUGGAGGUGGUGUCCUGGCUGUGUGGAGGUCCUGAGCACUAUUGGUACGCCACUGACGCCAUCAACGCUUUCCGCAGUGUCUUCAUUUUCAUCCUGUUCUGCACCAAGAAGAAAGUAUUGGUCCUGAUCAAGAACAAAUUUUCUACAAAAAAGACUACAAAAUUUCCAAUUCACUCCAGGAAGUCUGCAACUUCAACUUCAAGGCUGACUUCAAGUAUGACUUCACAGAGAACAAAUUCUAUACAACUGUCACAGAUCUCAUAAUGAACAUGACAGAAAUCAGAAAUCUCUUAACUGGCUAGUCUCUAACUACUUACCAUGUGUACAAAGUUUUAUUAGAUGUGUGUUAUAAAUUUAGUAUAUUGAUGACUGAAAGAUAAAGACUGAUGAGUGAUAUUUUGUAAAGUGUUUUACAAUGUAUUAUUUUAAAAUAUUUUUUUGUAAAUGUAAAUUGAUUAUUCGUAACUUUUAUUUACUUGAAAUAUCACAUUUUAGACUUUAAGUAAAAUAGUUUUAUCUUGACUAUUUCAUUAUUACAAAUAUUAAGUGCAAUAGAUAUUUAUGAAUAUUAUGAGUUUGAGAAUUUAUAGCAAUUUAUUUGUAUUUAUUGACUAUUAAGAGUAAUUUAUUAUUAUUGUACAAGACUAUAAACAAUUCUGCAGGACCACAUCGUUUGCAGGUAUAUGUUGUUGUUAUAGUACUACAAAGAGAACUCAUGCAUAAUAAUAAUGUUGUGCUUGUCUUUAAGUCAAAGUAGUUAUAUAUUUAUGGAAUACUGAAUCAAAGAAAAUGUAUUUAUCAUAGAUUAAUGUGAUUAAACAAUAGUUGUAAAAUGUUA